AUGAAAACCUCAGCCUUUGCGGUUCCAGAAGAUGUCGAUUUAACAGCAAAGGCAAUUGCAAAUGCUGCCCCAGCCAAGAUCAUAACGAUCCAUGAUGCCAAAAAGAGCCCUAUCAAAUCCUUGGUAUCGAUAAAAGGACGAGUUAUUUCGGAGGAAAUAAUUCGAACAGUACAAGUAAGAGGAACAAAUGUCCAGGUACGGAAUGUAAGGGUAAAGGAUGGAACCGAGGAAGUAAAGGUGGCAUUAUGGCGUGACCAAGUCGAUGGGUGCAAAGUUGGAGAAUUCUUAGAAUUCUCUAAUUUGGAGACCAACUCGUACAUGGAUGAGGUUUCCCUGUCAACAACACAAAGAACAAAAGUGCUGCCAUGUGAUGCUCCCCCAUCAAUGCUAACAGGAGCAGUCAUUGUCUAUGAAAAAUCUGAAUUUGGAUUUUCCAUUAUGGUGGAAGACGAAGACACAUUUCAGACAGUUGGUAUCCCCAUAAAUAUGGUCCGUGACGCUCUCGAAUGUGAUGAGAAUAGUGUUGAAGACACUUUAUCCAUUAGAAUACCAUUCAGUGUUGCAGUGGAAACCACAAAUGGUAUUGUCUCUUCAUUUGCUUUAGUGUGA